UGCUGGGUGGCGGGGAAUUAUUUUCCGCUUUUUACCAUUUAAUUCACAGUAUAAUAUAAUUAUUAUAGACUGUACAAUUUAUUGCUGACGUUCCUGUAUGUGCUGCAGUAAAUCACAUGUAUAGGGAGUAUCGUUAAUAAUUCGGCGAAUCUCCUGGGCGUAGAAUUUUGAAUAAUCCGAAUAAUUUAAAUAAAUUGAAAUUAAUUGCAGAUUGAAUCCAUUACCACCCGCUUAAUUACUGUUAGAAUUUGAAUAAAAAUUAAAUUUGACAAACAGUCUUGUUAAUUACACAUCAGCAUCCACAAUAUUCCGGCUAUCGGCGAAUUUCGUCCACAAUUCUCUAACUACAGUAACUGCAGUUUAAAUAUACAACAAUUUCCAUAAUUACACAUUAAAAUCUGUAAUAAUCUAAUUUAUUACAAAUUAAAAUCCAGAAUAGUACAGUUAAUUACAGAUUAAAUUGAAAUUAAAGAAAUAAAUUACGAAUUAAAAUCUGCAGUGAUCUCACUAAAUACCAACAAAAAAUUCUAGAAUAUUACAAUAAAUUAUAAAUAAAUCCAGGAAAAAUCCAAUUAAUUCCCCAUUAAGUGUCAGAAAAUUCCCAAGAAAUCGGCGGAGUGGAUGCUAAUGAUGUCAGUGUCAGUGUUGUCAAGUUCAAGCUGAAAGUGGCGUCUGGGGCGCAGCGUAUCACUGUCAUCCGUUCCCGUGAUUGUGCGUGAAAUGGCACUUGGCUAAUAAUACCACUGACACACAUCCACUCGGUCCAGCCGCACAGCCAGCACCGCUGACGACAUCCGGCAACGCGGACGGAAUGCACAUGCAGCGCCGGUGACCCCAAAGUGUCCGUCAGUAUCGGCGAUAAUUUUAUGCCUAAUUACACGCUGCAGAAAAUGCACGGCGCGUCCUUCACAACAUAAAAUAAACCAUGCACUCUCUUCAUUACACUUUAAUACACGCUGACGUCUUGGGAAGCGCGCGCGCGGCGGGGGGCGGAGCUUAAGCGGAUAUAUACGUCAACUACGUAUAUACGGGAAUUUUGGUGAUUCGCCGGUUGCCGGUCGUUCGGUGGGAUGUGCAAGAGCGCGAUGCCGGGUAAUCCAUCAUCCAGUGCCGUGUCCCGUUUAUUUACACAAUAUUUAUGCUGAUGCGCCUCUGCGCCUGUUCGAGUUCAGACUGUGAAUACACCGCUAAUGUCAAUGUGACGGGCAUUGUCAAUAUGACUGCUAACUAAUCGCUCCCGCACUCCACUCGCCGUUUUGUCUAUACCACUGUUUAUUGCCGGAUAAUUACGCCCGGGUUUCGAUCCUCCAAUUGACCUGUUUGUCCUGUGAAUUUAUGUGGAUAUUUUCUCGGUUAUUAGUCAUUUAUUACGAUAUCUGGAUGAUCAUUAAAUUAUAUACGUAUAUAUAUUUUUUAAAUAAUUAUUGGCUUCUGGAUUUUAUUUUGGCUUUGUUACCGGAUAAUUACUGCGGCAUCCAUUUGUCCCGGCAUUUUAUGUGAAUGUCAUCUUGGAAUAUUUCCUUUAUUAUUAUUAUUAUAACCUCCUUGGUCAUUUUAAAUAUAUUUUCUAAUUAUUUAUUGGCACUGUGCGGCGUUGGAUUUUUGUCUGGAUUAAUUCCGCGAUUCUUCGUUAACUGCACACAGAAAUAACGCGAAGCGGCUAGCACGGCGCUCACUUCCGGGAUAAUUGGAUGUCCGGGCGGAGGCACUAAUCGCUCUCCAGCUGCGGCGCCGUCGGCGGGAACUCUCCGACGUCUGCGCACCUGCGCCCCCUGCGAUCGACGGACAGCCGAGGGAGUCCACCUGCGCUCGACCCGAGCUUGCAUAAUGCAGUAGAAACCUUCCGUCAUCAUGCAUUCGAUGAAUCACUCGUUUGCCACCGCCCUCCUGGUGCACCUCGUCACCCUCCGCGCCGCCGCCGACGUGGUCCCGGGGAAUGCGACAAUGGCGUCCAGAAAUUUCGGGACACUCUCCGAAGCGAGGGCGGAGCCAACCAGCGUGCAGCCAAUGCGCUGCUUGUCGUCCGAAUUUCCGUGCGCGGCGGAGACAGCGACCGCCCCCGCGGGGCAGGUGCACUGCGUGGACAAGGUGAAGGUGUGUGAUACGGUGCGCGACUGUCCGGCGGCGGAGGACGAGGAGGCCGGCAUGUGCCGGACACACACCUGUCCCAGCAGUCAUUUUAAGUGCCGCGAUGGAUUCUGCGUGCCCAUCGGGAAGAUUUGCGAUUAUGUCAACGACUGCCCGGAUGCUUCCGACGAGCACAACUGCAACUACCGGAAGUGCUGGCACGGCGAAUGGCAGUGCGGUAACCGGCAGUGCAUCAACCAGAUGUUCCUGUGCGACGGCCAGACCGACUGCAAGGACGGCUCCGACGAGAGCGACUGCGCCGACACCGCGUUCCUCCUAUGCGACGACGGGAAGCGCGUGCACCGCAGCUUCCAGUGCGACGGGAACGCCGACUGCGCCGACCAGAGCGACGAGCGCCGGUGCGGGCCGUGCCGCUUCAACCAGCACCGCUGCGCCAACGGCCGCUGCAUCCCGCGGGCGCACGUCUGCGACGCCGAGUGCGACUGCGGCGGCGGCUGCGACGACGAGCCGCCGGCGGAGUGUGCGGCCUUCUACGAGGGGCAGCCGGGACUGGCCUUCUGCAAGAAACACCAGACCAUUCCCUGCAACAAGACCAGCCGCUGCAUUCACGCCGAAUUCCUGUGUGACGGCGUAGACGACUGCAUGGACGGCGGGACAGACGAGUUCCAGUGCCGCGGCCGCCGCCUGCCCUCCCUGGAAGCCACCUUCCAGUGCCAGGGCACCGACCCCCGCGCCCUGCCCCCCUCCGUCCGCUGCGACCACCAACGCCACUGUCUGGGCGGGGAGGACGAACGCCAGGGUCUGUGCCAACGUCCGCCCUGCCGUCCCGGGGAGUACCGGUGCCGCUCCGGCCAGUGCAUCCCCUCGGCCGACGUCUGCAACUCCCGCCCGGACUGCAUUGACGGGAGCGACGAGACGUCCUGCCGGGAACACCACUGUCCAGCGGGGACCUUCCAGUGCCGGGCCACCGGCCAGUGUAUCCUGCAGGACAAGGUGUGCGACCACACGGCCGACUGCCUCCUGGACGCCUCCGACGAGCCGGACACCUGCCCGUACCGGGUGGUGCCCUGUCCGGGCGACCACUUCCGGUGCCGGAAUGGGCAGUGUAUCCCGCGGCAGUACGUCUGCCAGAUCGGGUAUCACGCCGCCCUCCACGGGUGUCUGGACGGCUCGCAUCUGACCGAGUGCCGGGACACCCAGUGCGACGGUCGGACGUGGUUUAAGUGCCGCGGAGGUCCGUGUUACCACUCCAGUCUGCAGUGUAACGGCCUCCCGGACUGUUUCAAGGGCAGCCGGACGUGGACGGACGAGGAGGGAUGCCCGUUCCAGUGCUCCAGCGCCCGCGAGUGCAUCUGCGUCGACGUCACCAUUGACUGCUCCAACGCCGGGCUGGAGGUCCUUCCGGCGUUCGUCGAGUCGACCAUCACCCGCUUUAUCCUGGCCGGCAACCGCCUGAACGGCAGUCGCUUGAGCAAAAAGGUCUUCGACAAGCUGCACCAGAUGACCGUCCUGGAUUUGACCUUUAACGACAUCCACACCCUUCCCGCGGAAGUCUUCGGGAAUUUGUGGCAGUUGCGGGUGUUGAAACUUGCCGGAAACCAGAUCACCCGGAUUGUCGGGAAGACCUUCAGCGGACUGGCCAACGUCCGGGUGCUGGAUAUCAGCGGGAACGGGAUCGCGGUGAUCGAACGCCACGCCUUCCACGGACUAUCGUCGCUCCCGCAGUUGGAUCUCAGCCAACAGCGGCUAACCGCCCUCCCGGCGGAAGCCUUCACCGGGCUCCGGAGUCUCCUCUCCCUCAACCUCUCCGGGAACCCCCUCCGGAGCCUCCACCCCUCCGCCUUCGCCACCUUGGACACCGUCCUGACCUCCCUGGACAUCAGCCACACCCUCCUUCCGUGGCGGCCGGACCCGCUGACCGCGCCGCACCACGCCGUCGCCCGCCUCCGCAGCCUGGUGACCCUCCAGACCGGGGACGCCCGCCUGUGCUGCAGCCUGGGCGCCGCCGUCCCCCACUGCCAGCCGCGCGUCGACUUCUUCUCCUCCUGCUCCGACCUCAUGUCCAACGCCGUCCUGCGCGCCGUCCUCUGGACCAUGGGGGUGGUGGCACUCCUGGCCAACGCCCUGGUCAUCUACUGGCGGGCGCCCGACCUCCGGCGCCGGCGUCUUCACGCCUUCUUGAUCAUCAACCUCGCCGUGGGUGACCUCGUGAUGGGCGUGUACCUCCUGCUGAUCGCCGGCGCCGACGUCCACUACCGCGGCUCCUACGUCUACCACCUCCACGAGUGGAAGGCCAGCGCCGCCUGCAGCGUCGUCGGGUUCCUGUCCACCGUCAGCAGCGAGCUGAGCCUCUUCACCCUCCUCAUCCUCACCCUGGACCGCCUCCUGACCAUCCUGCUGCCCUUCCACCUCAAAGUCCGCCUGACCUUUGGCUCGGCGCGCGCCGCCAUGCUGGGGAUCUGGACGGGGGUCCUGAUCCUGGCGCUGGUCCCUCUCCUCCCGGUCCCCUACUUCCAGGCCUUCUACGCCCGCUCCGGCGUGUGCCUGGCACUGCACAUCACCCCGCAGCGCCAUCCCGGCUGGGAGUACUCCCUCUUCAUCUUCCUGGCGCUGAACAUGCUGGUGUGCGUCCUGAUCAUCGUCGCCUACUGCUUCAUGUACGCCGUGACCCUCCGGACGCGGCGGGCGGUGGACCAGGCCGCCGGCGGCGGGCGGAAGGAGGCGCGCAUCGCCCGCCGCAUGCUCCUCAUCAUCCUGACCAACGUGGCGUGCGUCCUCCCGAUCUCGGUGUUGAGCCUGCUGGCGUUGGCGGAGGUCCGCGUCCCCGACGAGAUGUACUCGUGGGUGGCGGUGUGCCUGCUGCCCAUCAACGCCGCCCUCAACCCCAUCCUGUACACCAUCUCCACGCGGCCCUUCCGCCGGACCUUCGGCGCGCGGCUGGCCUACCGCACCCGCCACCUCCGCGACUCCCUGGUGGCGUCGCUGAGCUCCACGUCGCGGCACCGCCGCGCCUCCACGACGACGAUCCGCUCCAGUACGACGCUGCACCGGCCCAGUCUGCCGGUGACCUCCCCCGGGGCGGCGGGCAAGGGGAUUAGCAACGCGCUGCACGAGGACGGCACCGACCUCCCGGUGCGGUUGCUGCGUCCGCGGCGACGGAGUACGGCGCGCGGGAACCCCGACGCGCGCCCGGAAGUGUACCAGCGCUUCCAGCAGCGCAACCACAGCUGCUGACGCGGUGGCGACAUUCGCAGUCAAUGCACAGAACAGGGAUCUUUUUAUUUCUCCACUUUGUACACUGUCGGGUUACAGUGAUAUACAACAAAACGUGAAUUCUGCAUGGAACCGGUGGAUCGUUUAUAUAUGUAUUCGUUUAUAUUAUUUACAGAUUAUAAUAUUCGGUUAAAAUAAUUCUUCGAUUUUAUUGGUAAUAAAAUAGUCAGAAAAUAUUAUGGCGAGUCGAUUUGUCCGCUAAACACCGAUGCAGUGUCGAGUCGAACGCCGAUGGCGGUGGAAGGUCAUCCGCA